AAAAUUGGCUGUGACGGCAUCAUUGGCUCUUUAGCCAAGGAGGACCGCUGUGGUGUUUGUAAUGGAGAUGGACAUUCCUGCAAAAUAGUGAGAGGAGACUUCAACCACACAAAGGGAAUGGGCUACAUCGAGGCUGUGGUUAUCCCUGCAGGAGCUAGGAGGAUCAAAGUAGUGGAGGACAAACCUUCACAUAGCUUUCUGGCCUUAAAAGACUCCAGUAAGAGAUCCAUCAACAGCGACUGGAAGAUUGAACUUCCAGGGGAGUUUGAGCUGGCUGGGACCACAGUGCGCUAUGUUCGAAGGGGACUGUGGGAGAAAAUGUCUGCCAAGGGACCCACUAAGACUCCCUUACAUCUGAUGGUGCUGCUCUUUCAUGACCAGAGCUAUGGGAUCCACUAUGAGUACACAGUGUCUCUGAACAAAACUCAGGACAGGAACAGUGAGGGACAAAGGGAACCAGAGUAUCUCUACAUCUGGACUCACAGCAGCUGGCAAGACUGUACUGUUCAAUGUGGAGGAGGUGAAAGGAGGACUGUAGUUUCCUGUAUUAGGAUAGUCAAUAAAACCAUGGAGGUGGUCAACGAUAGUUACUGUCAGCCUGAGAACCGGCCACAGCCCCAAGUACGACUCUGCAACUCUCACCCCUGCCAGUACCGGUGGGUGACAGGUGAGUGGGGAUCCUGCUCUGUCACAUGUGGUAAAGGCCUUCAGCAGAGGGAGGUGGUUUGUGUUUAUCACCUACAGAAUGGCUCAUUCAUCAACACCAGGGACCUGUACUGCCAAGGAGGAAAGCCUUCUGUUCUACAGGGCUGUGAGGGCCGCCUCUGCCUCACAGUGUGGGAGGCUUCAGAGUGGUCCAAGUGUUCAUCAUCCUGUGGUCAAGGUGUUCGCAAACGGACAGUGUCGUGUACAAACCCUCAAGGUCUUUGUGAUCCUUUGUCCCAACCAACUCAAGAGGAAUUCUGUGAGGACUACUCCAAGUGCUAUGAAUGGAAAACUGGAGACUGGUCCAAGUGCUCGUCAUCCUGUGGGAAGGGCCUGCAGUCACGUGUGGUCCAGUGUAUGCACAAAGUGACUGGUCGUCAUGGUAACGACUGCCCUGUGACACUGAGACCGCCAACCUACCGCCCAUGUCACCAUGGUACCUGCAAUGAGAAAAUUAAUGUGAACACCAUCACCUCCCCUAGGCUAGCUGCUCUGACCUACAAGUGCAUGGGGGACCAGUGGACGGUAUACUGUCGCGUAAUCCAAGAGAAGAACCUCUGUCAGGACAUGAGGUGGUAUCAGCGCUGCUGUGAAACCUGUAGGGACUUUUAUGCCAAGAAAAUACUGCACAAGAGCUAAUGACCAAACGUACCUAUUUUCCUCCUUUGUAAAUGUUUUUAAUGUUGUUAAAUGUUGUAAGGAAAAAAAAAACCUUUUGUAUUUAAAAGAGAAAAU